CAUGGAAGGGAUGCAACGCCUUCACUCCUCACACCAUUUAAGAACACUGCCUUCCUUCCUCUUUCUACUCAACAACUCUUCUCUCUCUCUCUUCUUCUUCUUCUUCCUUAGUUCUUUCCUUCCUUUCUUUCUCUCUCUACUUUCUCUUCCGCCAUGAAAUUCGUCAAAAACCUCAAGCUCAGCCCUAAGCGACUGUUUAGGUCGAGCAAGGCGGACAAGCUAUCGCCUUCCAAGUCCGAUCCGCCUUCAUUCGGAUCCGGUUCUUCCACGUCAUCAUCCUCGUUGUCCGACGCUUCUACGUCGGAUAAUCUCAAGUCCGGCCCUACCAACGGCGGUUCGGUCACUCCAACCAGCGUUUUGCGUGACUGGCCCGAUUACUCGACCGACUCUCACUUGGAGCUCAACCAAGCUUUUAAGCUCAUAGAUCGAGACAACGACGGAAUCGUCUCGAGGAAAGAAAUCGAGGCGCUGCUCUUGCUGGUCGGCGGCUGGACGAGCGAAGUCGUGGCGACGAUGCUGAGCGAGGUCGACCACGACGGCGACGGUUCCAUUAGCGUCGAGGCUCUGAUGAGCCGAGUCGGUCCUGCGGCUUGCGAGCCAGCCGGAGACUCGGAGUCGGAGCUGCAAGAGGUUUUUAACUUCUUUGAUCAGGAUCGUGACGGUAAGAUCUCGGCGGAGGAGCUUUUGAGCUUCUUCGAAACCAUCGGCGACGACCGGUGCACGUUAGACGAUUGCCGGCGCAUGAUAGACGGCGUAGAUAAGAACGGAGACGGCUUCGUCUGCUUCGAGGACUUCUCUCGUAUGAUGGAGCUUCAAAGAUUAUCGUAAAUCAUGAAAAUCAUGGUUUUUAUUUUAUUUAAAAAAAAAAAUCAAAUACUCGUGCUCCUGAAGAUGUGUUGUUUAGAGCCCAAAAAAAAAUCUCGUACUAUUAUUAUUUAUUUAUUUUCUUUUAAAUUUUCUUAUUUUGUUGGUACAACGGCUUUUUUACGGUGAGAGAUUAAUCUGAAUCGGAGUAAAGGCAGGUGAUCGUACGGUCGUCAGAGGUUGAUCUAGAUGUUUGAGAAAAUUAUCGUAAAUACAAGUGUCACGCGUGUACUGCUGUAAAAUCUUAAGCCUGUUAGAAGCUGCCACGUGGUAUUUUGUAAGGGUAAAAAUGGAAAGUCACUCGUCCCUUGUAAUAUAUUUCUCUAAAUCGAAUGAUCAAAGAAACGCGUGUCGUUUUUGCGGGA